AUGUCAAUUAUUAUGAUAAUAAUCAACUAUUUAUUAACACAGCUUCCUUCUCUCGUAACUACUAUAACUAUUUCUCAUUCUUUGAACAUAAAUUUUAAACGCCAAUUAUUCAAUGAACGUUUAUCAAGUUAUAAUUUAUUUUACGAUAAUUCACUUUCUUCAUGUAACACGACACGUUCAUUGUCUGAAGAUCGACAACGUCAUUUUCAUGGAAUAUCUCAGUUACUUCAGAUAUUUCAACAAAAAAUAGUACCUUAUCCCAACAAUCAUUUCUAUGGUCGAGGUAUUGUACUUACAGUUGGACCUAGUCAACUCAAGUUUGCCGAAGUUAAUUUAAAAAUGAUUGAAUUAACAGCAACGAAAUUACCUAUUCAAAUAUGGUAUUCGUCAUCUCAAAUUUCACAUGAAAUUAUGAUUGGAUUACUUCGUACUGUACCUAAUCUUAAUGCAAGUAUUUGCUGUUUUCUUAUGACUGAAUGUCGAACUCUGACACAAACUUGGCAAUUGAAUCCUACUCAUGUCUAUAAACCUCCUUCAAAUAAUCAAAAAUACAAAUUUUUUCCAUAUAAACCAGCAGCUAUUGUUAGUGCUACUUUUUCUGAAGUACUAUUUCUUGAUUGUGAUGCAUAUGUCACACGAGAUCCAGAAGAAUUAUUUCUUUCUGAUCCAAUGUAUCUCAAAUUCGGUGCACUUUUUUAUCCUGAUGCUCACAAAAGUAGACAACAUCCAGCUGUUUGGACUCUAUUUAAUACAAGUUGUACUCAAAAUGAAUAUGAAUUUGAUAGUGCAAUGAUAUUAGUUGAUAAAAGACGAGUAUGGAAUGGACUUUAUAUGACAAAACUAAUUAAUGAUUAUUAUCCAGCUUUUUAUGAACAUGUAACUGAUGGAGAUAAAGAUACAUUUCGAUUGGCUUUUCGUUAUAUGCAAGUCAAAUAUUAUUUAGUAAUGACACCAUGUGCUGCUGGUUCAUUCAAUAAUACUCAUUUUUGCGGUUUAACACUUUGUAAGACAGAUAGCCUUUCACAACAUAUCUAUGUCAAUCAUAUUCAUAUAUUCAAAUAUGAAGGUAUCAAAUAUUCACCAAUAACUUUAGGUUAUACUCGUAUUGGCCUUGGUGAUCCCAAUAACAAUUCAUUUUUCUUUCAACAUUGUCGAUUACCGGCAGCACCGACAAGCUGUUUUCAUAUUAUGAAAAAACGUACUGAAGAAAUGGCAAAAACUAAUUGUUAUUCCGGCAAUAUUCCAUUGAAAGAGAUUGAAAAUCAUGCUUAUAUGUUGAAUGAAUCAUUAUUAUCUAAGCCAUCAAAAAAUAAUCGAGUAUUAAUGAGUAAAACAAAUAAUUUUAUGCCUAAUUUUGUUGAAAAUUUUCUUCGAAUUCAACAACCUAUACUUAAUAAUUAG